GCGGUGACGUCAUCGCGCUGCGCCGGCGCCUGCGCAGUGGGAGGCGGCGGCGUGAGGAGGAGGCGGCGGCGGCGGCGCUGGGCUGUGUCACGGCGGGGCCGGAGGGGCGGCCAUGGAGUACCUGAUCGGCAUCCAGGGGCCCGACUACGUCCUGGUGGCCGCAGACACGGUGGCGGCCUCCAGCAUCGUGCAGAUGAAGCACGACCAUGACAAAAUGUUUAAGAUGAGCGAAAAGAUCUUACUCUUGUGUGUCGGGGAGGCUGGAGACACUGUACAGUUUGCAGAAUACAUCCAGAAAAAUGUUCAGCUCUACAAAAUGCGAAAUGGUUAUGAAUUGUCUCCUACUGCAGCUGCAAAUUUUACACGACGAAACCUAGCUGACUAUCUUCGGAGUCGAACCCCUUACCAUGUCAACCUUCUCCUGGCUGGCUAUGACGACCAUGAAGGUCCUGCCCUUUAUUACAUGGAUUAUCUUGCAGCUCUGGCUAAAGCUCCUUUUGCAGCACACGGAUAUGGUGCGUUCCUCACCCUCAGCAUCCUCGACCGCUAUUACAAGCCAGGUAUCACACGUGAGGAAGCUGUGGAGCUCCUAAAGAAAUGUCUAGAGGAGCUUAAGAAACGCUUCAUCUUAAAUCUGACCUCUUUCAAUGCCCGGUUCAUUGACAAAGACGGCAUCCAUGAAGUGGACAAUAUACCCCUUCCAAAAGCAAUGUCCUAACCCCUGAGAUCUUUCUUCAGCAGUCUUCUUUUUAUGUUCAGUUUUGUUUUUAAUAUUCGUUUGAAGCACCCAAGUCAUGUACUGUGCUGGGAGAUUGAAUAAAGAUUGACAUUUAUGUA